AUGAUUGAUCCUCUCAGGGCGCAUGUCGAUCGCGCCCUUGAGGCUGCCGGUAUGGAUGCGAUUGAUACUCUGCGGGCCUUUUUCAUCCUCGCUGCCGCCACGACCGUCUCGAUCAGCAUUCCAUCCGUUCUUCGCUCCCGCUUCCUCGUCUAUGGACCGCGUGCGACCUCAUCGAGCGCUGGCUCCCAACCAGCCGCCGCCCAGAGAAGCUCCGCGGCGACGGCGUUGCUCGACUACCUUGCGACAUGGCAGGUGCCGCAUAGCUAUUUUAUCCAGUUCUACAUCGCCUCGGUCCUGUCCUCGGUCUUCUGGGCCGCGCAGCUGCUGAGCCGGGGCAAUUUGUUCCAAGCCAUCGCGGCGCGCGUGGGUGAGGCGCAUCGCCAGCAGAGCAUGACCGCCACGCAGGUGCUCAUCUGCUGGCUGUUGCUCGCCAUCCAGGGGUCUCGACGACUGUGGGAGUGUAUCAGCUUCUCCAAGCCCUCCACAUCCCGGAUGUGGUUUGUGCAUUGGUUGUUGGGGCUGGGGUUCUACCUGGCGGCCGGGAUUGCCAUCUGGAUUGAGGGUUCAGGCACGAUACUCUCUCGAUCCCUCUCCCUCUCUGACCUCCAGAUGACCAACGCGCCCACCCUGCGGACCUUCCUCUGCGUGCCGUUGUUCCUGCUCGCGUCCGGCAUCCAGCACGAUUGUCACCACUACCUUUCCUCGCUCAAGAAAUACACUCUCCCGGAUCACCCAGUCUUCCGCGGUGUCGUCUGCCCACACUAUGGCGCCGAGUGCAUUAUUUACCUAUCCCUCGCGUAUCUGGCCGCCCCGCCCGGCCAGGUGGUGAACAAGACCAUGUUCGCGUGUCUGGCCUUCGUGGCUGUCAACCUCGGCCUGACCGCCCAGACCACCAAGCAAUGGUACAUGCAGAAAUUUGGCCGGGAGACAGUGGAGGACUGGUGGUUGAUGAUCCCAUACAUCUACUAA